AUGGGAUCUAAAAUAAACGAUCAAAAUGUGUUGCAUCUUCACCUGCUGCGGUUGGAUGGUAGAUCUCAUCCAGAGGUUGGCAAACGAGCAGACGGAUUACCUGAUGGUAAGCAAUCAGCGCCGCCCAUGGACACUCGCAACGAAGGAGUUACGAAUAUCCAUAUUUUAUUUAGAUUGUGGGUGUUCCUGAUGUCCUGCUGCAUCAGUUCGGCAGUGGGCUGUGUGAUGGUAACAUCAUCGAUGUCAGGGAUCGCUCUGGGAUACAACUACUCUCUGGCUGAGUACAUUGAAUUAAAAGAGACGAACGUUUCCAUCUACUUGAAGAGGGGUAUCUUUGAUGACGAGGUCGGAGACGAUAUGCAAUGGAGACGGAGUGGCCAUCAACCACGCACCGGACAUUUGUCAGAUGACAAUCUAAGGACCGGAGCUUCAGCAGACGAAACUACUUCAAUAAGGUCUGGUCGGAGGCUGGAUGACUCUGUAUUUGAAGCGGAUGAUCAGAAUAAAUACGAAGGGUCAUUGAUGAAGCUUACAGCUAAACCAGUCCAUCUGGACACCCCAAAGCCGCUUGUCACCGAGGAUUUCGAGAUGGCCGAAAUCGGCAAUAAAUAUCCGCAAGGUUCCCUAGAUCACUUGAAAGCGGUACAGACUCUCAUUGACUCUAGGAGACGUAUGGCUAGCGGUGGGACCACACUCACGCCGUUGGCUACGUACGGAUCUGUCGAGGCUUUUCUACCAUAUCUUCCGGUGAAUAACAAUCCUAACGAACCUGGUAAUCGUGAUGCUGAGCUAAGACGUAUGAUGGGACCUGGUAAUCGUGAUGCUCAGUUAAGACGUAUGAUGGGACCUGCUGGUAGCGAGUGGCCUUCUAGCAUAAACCCAGCACGAUUGGCCGUACCUGAUGAAAGUAUAGGAUCGAUUGACAACUGGGUUGUUCCCAAAAAUCCUUUCGUGUUUAAGCAAGCCCAAGUCCCGGAUUAUUUUGUUUUGUCACCUACAUACCCAUCAGCAAUUACCGUAGCUAAUCCACUGGUUAGACCUUCAAGCAUUAAAAACACCGAAGGCGAAGGAGCCGUUGUUUUUGUUACAAGAUCGAUAGCUUUUACAUCGUCGGUUUCUACGAAUGCACCAAGUAUACAGACAGAAAAGGAAGCAGAAAUGCCUGAUGUCAAAAUCAAAAUAAACGAAAUCCAAGCCCAUGACCUUAACCAAUUGCCAAAAGUAAUAGAGAAGUCUUCCGAAGAAGAAUAUGAAGAUGAAAUCAAAGGUCUUCCAGUCCGCAGGCGUAGAAAUGUUGAAGUUUCUAAUGAAGCUUACCGAGGCAAAAAUACGGACCCGAACAUUCAGAAAGCCAACUCUAUAAAUGAUAACAAGAGCAGGAAUGACAAUGACAAUGACAAUCAAAAAACGGUUGAAGAUACUCCUGAUUUAAGAAUCAAACAUAAACAAUCAUUACUGGAUCAUUUAAUAACGCCUAUUAAAUUAAAUAAACCAACAUUGGAAGAAGUUACACCAAACAAAAUUCUGACAACUGGAAAAAAUAAAGAACUUGGUACAAGGGGGUUGUUUGAAAGCAAAAUAGUUUCAAGUAAAUAUGUGCCUAAUGAUGAAAUAACAAGGUUUAAACCAGCAACUACGGUUGACAACCAAGAAUUGUUGAGUACUACUGUUAAUCUAAACGAUGUUAGGUUGUUCAAGAAUCCAGCCUCAACAUUUGUAAAAUUAUUGCAGUCUGCGUAA